AUGGCGACGCGCAGGCGAAUGCUCCUCAAGGUCAUCAUCCUCGGCGACAGCGGGGUCGGCAAGACCUCGCUGAUGAACCAGUACGUCAACAGCAAGUUCAGUAACCAGUACAAGGCCACCAUCGGCGCGGAUUUCCUCACCAAGGAGGUCCAGAUCGACGACCGCCUCUUCACAUUGCAGAUAUGGGAUACGGCAGGACAGGAGCGGUUUCAAAGUCUUGGUGUGGCAUUUUAUCGGGGAGCUGACUGCUGUGUUCUCGUAUACGACGUGAAUGUUACUAAGUCAUUUGAAAAGCUCAACAACUGGCGUGAGGAAUUCUUAAUUCAAGCUAGCCCAUCAGAUCCAGAGAAUUUCCCAUUUGUUGUGCUUGGGAACAAGAUUGACGUUGAUGGUGGUAACAGCCGGACAGUUUCUGAGAAAAAGGCUAAAGCAUGGUGUGCUUCAAAGGGAAACAUCCCCUACUUUGAGACGUCGGCUAAAGAGGGCUUCAAUGUAGAGGCUGCUUUUGAGUGUAUAGCGAGGAAUGCUGUCAAAAAUGAGCCAGAAGAAGAUAUGCAGCCUUGUGGUGUAACUUGGUUCUACGUUUUACCAACUUUUGUAGGUAUCUUCCUGAUACGAUUGAUGUUGGGGGCGCUGGAAGGCAACAACGUUCGUCAGGUUGUGAAUGCUAGAAGAUAUGGAGCACGGCGAUUUGCUCGGUUGGUUGGUUUGAUUCUCUAG